AUGAGUCGCAUCAAACUCACCUCGUUCAGUAAAUCCAAAAGAGACGAGGAGCUUCUCUUCACCUUAGCAGAAACCUGGAGAAAGAACAACCAGGUCAGUCAGUAAUAAGGAUCAAACAAACUUAAAGACGAAACCAACUUCUUCACGUUUCUGAAAAACAAAAUCUACUAUGCCUUCCUUCAGUAAUUUUCUCACAUAAUCAUUUAAUGAAAACAAAAAGACAGGUUCACAAUGUCUCAACAAAAAUACCAGGACCCGGAGCACGUUUAGCUCGGAGACCAACGAUGCCAGAUGUUGAAGUUUGUCUCGCACUGACUUUUGAACAAACCGGCCGAUCAGACAGCUGGCUGCAGAUACCACACAGUGCUCAACUCGUCUACAACAGAUGAAAUCAGAAACUCACCCAUCAGUCUGUCAGGUUCCCUCCAUCAUGGUGACCUAAAGAUAAAAAACAUCCUUCAGUAAAUGACUGAGAUCCUCCUGAUACUCUCAGAAUGUUAUACUGAUGUUUUGCAGUCAUAUCCCAGCAUGCCCAUGGUGGUGAACACGUGGGUAAAGCGAGACUACGGGUUUACUCUGCGAGGUAUUUCCAACGACAUGAUCCUAUGGGUGAAGGUCAGUCGGGACAGACCUCAGCUCUCAGAGCUGACAGUUUUCAGGUUAUAGCUCACCUGCUGGGUUACAGACUGAGGAGACCAGUCACCUUCACAUCACUGCAGACACCUGAAGGAAACCAACAGCACUGAGUGAGUAACAGGGUUUCUACAGGAGGACAUUUCAAAAGGAAUAAAAAUCCACUUUUCCUAAGAUACAAGAUGAUUUUUAUAACUCUCUUCUCUGGUUUCACCCAUGAAUCACCCUGAGUCUUACGUCACGUUUGAGUGUAGAAAUACCACUAUAAGAGACCUUUCCCAGCCUUAGGUCCCCAGGUGGGACCCUUCAAGUUGAACAUUAGCUACAAAUUUCAUAUCAGUAAAAUGCAGAUUUUGUUUACCCUACAAUGCUUGCCUACAUUAACUUUAUUUAACUUAGAGGUGCAUCAUGUCUCAACAAAAAUACCAGGACUCGGAGCACGUUUAGCUCGGAGACCAACGAUGCCAGAUGUUGAAGUUUGUCUCGCACUGACUUUUGAACAAACCGGCUGAUCAGACAGCUGGCUGCAGAUACCACACAGUGCUUAACUUUACUUUAUUGUAACAAAAAGGGUUAUACCUGUGCCAUGCUGCUGCACUACUGAAGGUUAGGGCAGAGGAAAACCUGCAGAAGAAGAAGACAGGAUAAAUGAUAAUCCAUCUACAAAACCAUCAUCGCACUGAGCUUAGUAUCCAGGAUGACGUUCAGAGAGGCAGCUGUCAAUCACACUUCAGAGCAGUUGAACAUAUUUAGCCAAUCAUCAUAACAAUGAGAUAUAAGAGUUUUUAUUCAGGGAGACUCACCGAGCUGGUCUGAAGUCUGUUGCAGCACCUGAAACAAACACAACAGUUUUAGCUCAGUUAUAUUAGAAUAAAAAGUGCAAUAACUAAAAAAAAAAACAUAAGUCACUGAGAGAUCUGUCAGUCCUCAUUAGUAACACUGCUGCAGAGUGCACAGCAGUGGGUUGCAAGAGGAUUAAUCACUCUGUGCACUGUGUGAGAUCUUUGGUCCACCAGGAAGGACCAACAGAUCACACUGUGCACACAAACACUUAACCUUCACAUGUAUAACCUCAGACAUGUAAAAAAAAAAAAAAAAAAAAAGGACAAAACACUGUUCAAAUCAAGCAAAUCCAUCAAACACACACUUACCUCAUGUCCCAAAGCAGCAUAAUCUUGAGGGCAUCCUCUCCUCAUUGCAUUCUGCAUCACAUUGAUAACCUGCAGGAGAGGUCAAUUAUUAAACUGUGUGAGUAGAAAAAUACUGACUUACUAAUCUUAUGUUUUCUCUCUAUCAAAUCUAGAGUGACUGUGUCAGGCCUCAUUGUCACCAUUCAGCAACCAGCAGUGCAGAGGUGAAAGCAAAACCUGAUGCAAUAUGGCCACUGCUGUUCUGGGAUCAGCCCACCAAACAGGACAAACCCACUGAGGAGUCUGCACCAUGGCAUUCAGACAGAUACUGA